AUGUCCGAUCGCCAUCGACAAGAACAAACACGAAAUUCAACGGACGCUUCUCGACAUCAUGGUCAUAGAGGCACCGACGCUGGAGACACGUCUUAUAAUAGGGAAAAUCAGUCACCACAGAGAAGAGUUGAUCCACGUAGUCAACAGCAACAACAGGUCGAUCGUAGAUAUCCGCAAGAGGAACAGGUCGAUCGUAGAUAUCCACAAGAACAACAUUACAAACAGUCACCGCAAAAUAGUUCCAGAUUUUUUUAUCAUGCAUCAACAGAGCAGCCACGUGGGCCACCGUAUCAAAAUGAGUCUCGUUAUCAACAAUCUCAUAAUUUAGUUGACAGACAAUAUCCUCAGCAACAAAUUGACUCUUCACUAUCAUCAUCAAGGCAUCAACAACAAGUUCAAACAAAUGAAUCUGUUAGUGGUAGACGAAAACCAGUUGUAUUUGUUAUCUACUAUUCAAUGUACGGUCAUGUUAAACAAUUAGCGCAAAAAAUAAUUAUCGGGCUCGAAAAGAAUGGCGUUGAACCUAAAUUGUUUCGGGUGAAUGAAACCUUGCCACGAGACGUUCUCGAUAAAAUGCAUGCAUCACCACCAGAUACUUCUAUUCCAGUUAUUGAGGUGAAUAGAUUACCUGAAGCUGAUGCAUUUAUGUUUGGAUUUCCGACGAGAUUUGGUAGUGCCCCUGCUCAAAUGAAGACAUUGUUUGACUCCUGCGGUCAGCAUUGGAUAAACAAUACCUUGUAUCAUAAACCAGCUGGUCUUUUUUUUUCAACUGCUGGUUUGGGCGGCGGACAAGAGACGACAGCAUUAACAACUGUAACGUUUCUCACUCACUUAGGCAUGAUUUUUGUACCAUUGGGGUAUAAAAAUCCAAAAUUACGUGAUUCAAAGGAAAUUCGUGGUGGUAGUGCAUAUGGGGCGGGAACACUAGCGGGUGCUGGUGACAGACAACCAACGUCAUUGGAGUUGGAUAUAGCUGAAAGUCAAGGACAUGAGUUCGCUGAUGUCGUUAAGAAAAUGGCUGUAUAA